AUGUCUAUCAUAAACGUUGGAGCAACUCCAGGAACAUUUUUGGCAUUUUUGACAUUAGCUGCAAUUGUAGUUGCAGUUUUAUCCACUACUUUUAUAAAAGCAAUUUUUUUUGUUAAAAUAACACCAAGCGAUCCUACCGACACUAGAUUUUUAACACUUGGACUAUGGGGUACUUGCGUUCAAAAUACUGGUCCUUUAGAAUGCGAAAGUCCAAAAUUUGGAUACACGUUUGAUCGUUCAAGAUUGAAUAUAGUAGUUCCGGAUGGUGUUGCUAUUCCAACUGUUGGUAGCGCUUUAGGUUAUUUAACUGUAGUUCAUAUAUUUGCUCAUAUACGUGCUGCAAAGCUUUUAUUAGGUAUUGCAUCGCAAAUAUCAAUUUUAACAACCGGGAUAUUAUUAUUUUCCUUCAUUGUUGACUUUAUAAUGUUUAAUAAUGGCGUGAUGACUAUAAUUAAUACGAUUAAUUCGAAUAGUAAAACGGCUGAUUCUUAUAAAGCAACCUUUGGUAUCGCUUAUUGGUUGGUAUUGAUAAGUUUAAUUAUAUCAGUCAUAGCUGCAAUAGCCUUUUUCCUUGGUAGAAAAUAUGUAAUUAGGAAAAAUUUUUCCAUUGAAGAUGAUGAGUCUUCGGAUGAUAUUACUAAUACUACAAUGGUAUCAGAUCCAGCAGAUAGAUAUGAUCCAUUUAAAAAAACAACACAGCAACAACCUAAUUAUACAACUAAUAAUAUGCCGCAGCAACCAAUAAAUCCAGAGACUAUUGAAUAUUCUCAGCAAAAUAAUACUAAUAAGCACACUUCUGAUACUUAUUCAUUGGAUGAAUUUUAUUCAUAUGAGACUGCGCCCAGUAAUAUACAACCACCUUUUCAAAAUUCUCCUCACCCACCACCAAUGCAUAAUAAUAAUGGCUUCAAUAAUCCACCUCAUUCAACACAAAGUUCUACUUCCAACGUCUUUUAUCAUUCGCCUUCAUCACCUUCAUCACCACAUCCACCAAUAAAUCAAAAAGGACAAUUACAACAGUUACCACCACCGCAGCUACCUUUACAUUCAAAACCUACCCCCACACCUUCUCCUGGGCCAAAUACAACACAAUUCUUACAACCAGAUUCUUCAGUAAGAAUAAAUUCGCCCAUUCAGCAGUCAUCAUCACAACAAUAUCAAAAAUUAAAUCAACCACAACUAUUCAAUCAAAAUCCAACUCAGUUAUCACCAAAUUUACCUGCACCGUCACCUUCAUCCAAUUCAUCCAAUUCAUCCAGUUCAUCGUUAUAUCAACAGCCAUUGUACCAGAAAAAACCGCCUGGUCAUUCACAUACCCCACCACAACCAUCAAAUCAACUUCCAUUCGGAGCUGUUACCUCCUCAUUCAAUUCACCUGUACCUCCAAGACCUGGCUAUACUACACCACCACAACCAUCAACUCAAUAUCCAUUCGGAGCUGUUACUUCCGCCCCAUACAAUUCUUCCACGUCUCCAAGACCUGGCUAUACUACACCACCACAACCAUCAAGUAAACUUCCAUUCGGAGCUGUUUCUUCUCCUACGUCUCCAAGACCUGGCUAUACUACACCACCACAACCAUCAAGUAAACUUCCAUUCGGAGCUACUUCCUCCUCAUACAAUCCUUCUCCUAUACCUCCAAAAACUGGAUAUUAUCCUCCACAACCAUCGAAUCAGCUUCCAUUCGGAGCUGCUUCUUCCUCAUUCAAUUCUUCUUUACCAAGACCUCAACAACAACCAUUUAAUUCAGGUAAUACUCCUUACAAUUAUCAACAACAAAAUCAGCCAAAUUUAGGAAUGAGACAACAGCAACAAAGGCAGCAAGAUUUAAGAAUGAAACAACAAAGAUUACCGCCACAACAGCAACAGCAGCGACCAGGGUUACUAAUGAAGCAGCAGCAACAUCAGCAAAGACCAAGAGAAAUCCCAAAACACCAGCCGACAAAUAGAAAAAACAAACCACGACGAAGACAAAAUAAAGGUGAAGAAGAUGAUGACCAACAAGAAGAAGAUGAUGACCAACAACAAGAAGGUGAUGACCAACAGCAAGAAGGUGAUGACCAACAGCAACAAGAAGGUGACCAGGAAGUGGAAGAUCAAACAGAAGAUCAAGAUAUACAAGAUUCAUAUUAUGAUCCCAAUCAAGAUGGUGAUCAUUACGGACAAACUGAUUAUAGUGGUGGAGAUGAUGUAUCACAACAGUAUUAUAAUGAUUCUUCACAAUAUCAACAAGAAGAUCAAUUCCCACAACAAGAUAAUAAUGAUUAUUAUCAACAACCGCAAAAUGAUUAUUAUAAUCAACCACAAGACCCAUAUCAGCCACAAGAUAACUCAUAUCAACAGCCACAAGAUAACUCGUAUCAGCAAUCACAAGAUAUUUACGGAUCGCAGGAUAUGUAUAAUCAAGAUGAUUCAUCAUACCAACCACAAGAUGACUCGUAUCAACAACCACAAGAUAUUUACGGGUCGCAGGAUAUGUAUAAUCAAGAUGAUUCGUCAUACCAACCACAAGAUGACUCGUAUCAACAAUCACAAGAUAUUUACGGGUCGCAGGAUAUGUAUCAACCAGAGGAUAAUUCAUAUCAAGAACAGCCUUUUGAAUAUAAUCAGCAAGAGAAUCCUGAUCAGUCAGGAUUUUUCUCAGAUCUAAAAGACAAUCCUAUUUCUGGAUUCUUCUCAAAUACAAAUAACAAUGAAUCUAGUUCUGUUGGCGGUAUUUUAAAUCAAAUUAAAAAUCCUGUAUCGAAAAUGAAAUUUUUUAAAUAA